AUGGCAAGCCGUGGCAGCUUCACGGGCUCUGAGUUCUCUGAGGAGGAGCUGGAGGUGAGCGUGCGGGCAGGAGCGGACGACAGCGGCAGCGGCGGGAGCCUUAGCGAGGGUGAGGAGGGCCAGGCGAGGAAGCGCAGCCGGCCCACUCGCUCCAAGGCACGCAGGAUGGCAGCCAACGUGCGAGAGAGGAAGCGCAUUCUGGAUUACAACCAGGCUUUUAAUGCCCUGCGUGUGGCCCUGCACCAUGACCUGAGUGGCAAGCGCCUGUCCAAGAUCGCCACGCUCCAGCGAGCCAUCAGCCGCAUUUCCACGCUCUCCGUGUUUCUCCGCAACAAUCCGCCCGCCGCCUCCAACAACGACUGCAGCCACCGCGAGUGCCACGGCCAGGCGGGCGGGCUACGGCCAGACGCGGCCCAGGCGGCCCCCGGGCACCUGGAACCCCAGGGCCACGCGGCCUGGAGGCUGCCGCUGGGGAACCAGAUGCAGAGCCCUUUGAUUAUGUACAGACCCCUGGCCGAGCAACAGGCUUACAUAGACAGUCUGAGACACGCAGGCCCCGUGUGCCCUCCGUCCCCGCACUACUCUUGCUACUCUCCCGAAGCCCAGCUCUACCCUGCUGGAGGACCCUGUGGAAGUCCGCCCAGUGACACUGCCAGCCCCACCAGGUAUGGGCGACUGGGGGAAGGGUUGGGGUGUCAGCCUGGGUUCUGGGGCCCCUGUGCCCAGGGCCACGCUGACGGCUACUGGGAGUCACCGCAGAUGCUACCCUUCUCCUGA